AUGGAUUUGGAGUUCCAGCUGUUACCCGAGCCACAGGUGCAGACUCGUUGGCGUCGCACAUUGCAGUUGUUGGGUGCGGAGUAUAUGUCAUUUUACGACCUGGUUCGGAACGUGAGUAAGAUCGGCGGAGGUAACUUCAGCCAGGUAUAUCAGGGGACAUAUUGGCUGACUGGUGAAGAAGUAAUAAUUAAGGCUGUGGAGAAGAAGCGGUUGCAGCAAGCGAAUGCUUUAACGGAGAUCCUGGUUUUACGGUCAGUAUCACAUCCGUCGAUAGUGUCUUUUCGGGGUGCCUUUCAAAAUCAGAAAACGGUUAUUCUGAUAACGGAGUAUUUGCGCGGUGGAGACCUGUUUGAUUUUAUUAAGAGAAAUGGACGUAUGAGCGAACGUGAUUCGCGGGAUGCGAUGGAGAAGAUAUUGCAGGCAUUGGUAACUUUGCAUGCGCGCGGUAUUGUGCACCGGGAUUUGAAGACGGAGAAUGUUAUGUUACGCAACCCGUUUGAUGGUACGAGUGUUUGUUUGAUAGAUUUUGGUCUAUCUGCAACACUCGAUAGUGAGCUCAUGACCAUGCGCUGCGGUAGUCCUGGUUACGUGGCGCCCGAAGUACUAUUGGAAAAAGGAAAGUAUAAUUCAAAGUGUGAUGUCUUCUCUGCCGGUGUCGUUCUCUAUACCAUGCUCACAGGCAAACCACCAUUUCGAGGUGAAGAUGCUAAGUGCAUCCUAAAGAAAAAUGCACGCGCGAAAAUUGUAUUCCCUGACUACCUUUCUGAAGAAGUCAAAUCCCUCAUUAGCUGGAUGACACAACGCAGACCCGAACUCAGAUGCUCUACCCAGGACGCAUUACAACAUCCUUUCUUCACCCAUGAAAGCCUACCCCAUGGCCCUUUCAUCUCACACAAUGGAGAAGACACUUGCCUUCAACUACCCAAGCAUAUUCUCUCCCAAGAUCACAAAUUCUACUUCGAUCGAAUGUCACCCAAUACAACUGCCGUAAUAUAA